UUAACCAAAAGCUCCGAAGUGAAAAAAGUCGUUAAUUUGAAUUUAACCGACGUUAUAUCGCUGCUGAUGUCGCGAGCUAGCUAAAGCCCGGAGCCCCGAAUUUAACCGCUAAAUUUAGCUUCGCCUUAGCCAGCGUUAAUUAACGUUAGUUGGCAGCCGUUCUGUACAAAACUCACUUUAUUUGAGGUGUAUUCUUUUUUAAAAACGGCGUUUGUCGCUGUUAAAAGCGAGAAAGUGAAGCAUGGAUGAGUGGGAUGAAGAGGAAACUAGCACUCCUGUUGCACUAAGCACCCAGCCUGCGAGCUGUGACGGACCUGAGAAGUUGUUUAGCAAUGGAGGCGGUCAAGAAAGGUCCUGGAAUGCUGAAAACGGUGACUCUGGAUGGGGUCGUGGAGGUCGAGGCAGAGGGAGAGGAGGAGGAGGAGGAUUUAAAAGUGCAUUUAUUUCAGGAGACGAUGAGAAUGGGAAUGAAGGCUGGAAGAGUUCAAGAGGAAGAGGAGGGUUCAGAGGAAGAGGAGGCAGAGGACGCGGCAAAGGAUUUGGCAGCGGAGAUGAUGAUGAUGGUGAAUCAAAUGGAGCAGAUGGAGGGUAUGAAAAUGGAUUUAGUGGACGAGGUCGUGGAGGGAGAGGUGGCAGGGGAGGUUUCUCCCGAGGUGGAGCAGCGGGUGGAAGAGGAGACUUUGGUGGAGGUUACCGCACAAAAGAUGAGGAUGUCUUCGCUAAAGGUUCUGCAGGGGACGGUCAGGUUGCAGAUGAUGGUGAUAAUAAGCCGAGGGUGACCUAUGUUCCCCCGCCCCUCCCUGAGGAUGAAGACUCCAUCUUUGCGCAUUAUGAGUCGGGCAUUAACUUUGACAAGUACGAUGACAUCAUGGUGGACGUUAGUGGCAGCAACCCGCCGCAGGCCAUCAUGACUUUUGAAGAGGCAGCGUUGUGCGAAACCCUCAAUAAGAAUGUCAGUAAGUCUGGCUAUGUGAAGCCGACCCCAGUGCAGAAGCACGGCAUCCCGAUCAUCUCUGCUGGCAGAGACAUCAUGGCCUGUGCCCAGACAGGAUCCGGCAAAACGGCUGCUUUCCUGCUGCCCAUCCUGCAGAAGCUGAUGUCUGACGGCGUGGCAGCCAGCCGCUUCAGUGAGCUGCAGGAGCCCGAGGCCCUCAUUGUGGCCCCGACCAGGGAGCUGAUCAACCAGAUCUACAUGGAGGCCAGAAAGUUUUCAUUUGGGACCUGUGUACGUCCAGUUGUGGUUUAUGGUGGCAUCAGCACUGGACACCAACUCCGAGAAGUGGAGAGGGGCUGCAAUGUGCUGUGUGGCACGCCGGGGAGACUGCUGGAUGUGAUUGGACGAGGAAAGGUCGGCUUGAGUAAGCUGCGCUACUUUGUUCUGGAUGAGGCCGACCGCAUGUUGGACAUGGGUUUUGAGCCUGACAUGCGCCGCCUGGUGGGCUCCCCUGGCAUGCCAUCCAAAGAAGAGCGCCAGACGCUGAUGUUCAGUGCCACCUUCCCUGAGGAGAUCCAGAGGUUGGCGGCUGACUUCCUGAGGACAGACUAUUUGUUCCUGGCAGUGGGUGUGGUGGGCGGAGCCUGCACUGAUGUGGAACAGAAAUUUGUCCAGGUCAGCAAGUUCUCCAAGAGGGAGCAGCUCCUGGACAUCCUCAAGACCACCGGAACUGAGCGCACCAUGGUGUUUGUGGAGACCAAGAGAAACGCUGAUUUCAUCGCCACGUUCUUGUGCCAAGAGAAGGUUCCGACCACCAGUAUUCAUGGCGACCGCGAGCAGCGGGAGCGAGAGCAGGCGCUGGGAGAUUUCCGUUCGGGCAAAUGUCCCGUUCUGGUGGCCACUUCUGUCGCGGCUCGAGGUCUGGAUAUCCCUGAUGUGCAGCACGUCAUCAACUUUGACCUUCCCAACAACAUCGACGAAUACGUCCACCGCAUCGGAAGAACCGGCCGCUGUGGGAACACCGGAAGAGCCGUGUCCUUCUACGACAUGGAAGCAGACAGCCAGUUGGCUCCUUCCCUGGUCAGAGUCCUCUCUCGGGCGCAGCAGGAGGUGCCCUCUUGGCUGGAGGAGUCUGCGUUCAGUGGCGGUGGCUCCGCAGGGUCCAACCUGCCAAGGAAAGGCUUCAACUCCACGGAUUCUCGGAAGGGAGGCGCUUUCCAAGACCACAGCUCUGUGUCGAGCCAGCCGGCCGCUCAGACUGCAGCCGACGAUGAAGAGUGGGAAUAGACGAGUAUCAGCUCGCCCACACAGCACUGACUUAGUUUUACUUUUCAGAUUUAGUUUGCAGUGACAACAGGGACUGAAAGUAUCCCGCUUUGCUGAUUCCACUCAUUAUUAAAUGAUGUUUUCAGUAUUAAACAAUGUUUUGUUGUGGUUUGACUAAUCAUUCACUUGCAUGUAAAUGUUUUUUUUUGUUUGUUUUUUUAUUAAAUCAAGUUGUUCACUCACAAGGAGUAUAGUUUAUCUGUUGACUUUACCUGUUUGACAGAUCAGUGUGUUUUUUCAAACUCUUGUUUCGAGUUUGUCAAACUCCUUUAAAAUAAAUAACACAGAAUGUAUCCUGUA